UCCAAGCAACAGGGGGUGACUCAAUUUACCCUUUGGCUUAAUUUACCCCACUCUCCCCUAUGCUUUGUUGUAGUCUACAAAUGGCCCUUUUAUUAAAAAGUAAAUCCUGACAGUUGUGCUUUGUUGGUAACAGCCAAAUAAGGCUCGAACGAGGUUAAACUUUUUACUGUUUUGUUUUUAAUUCAGUGAAACACAGUUGUCAAUGAUAAAGUGAGUCGCAGGGAACCAUAUUUCGUUCUGAAUCGUCGAUCUCGCGAGAAUAAGCCGCAACGUCAUACGACCUAUGGCACAAUUUCUGUCCCUGCAGCAGUGAGGAGCGAGCAGCAAGAGUCCAAGAUGAACAGAGCUUUAAACAAAACAAGUCUGAGACAACUGGUAAGAAUUUGACAGUCAUUACUCAACAUUAUUUGCAGGUUUUGUACUCGAGUCUAUGGCGGAUUUUAAGAGUGAGCUCGUAUAUGUGGUCUGUUUACUUUAGGACAGAAGUGCUAGCUGGUAGGCUAAUUCAGACUCUGCUAAUGCAAGCUGUGAUACUAGAAUAGUGCGUGUGUUGGCCUUUUGUUGUCUUUUUCUGGCAUAGACUGAAAUUAUAGAAAUGAAAGAACAAAGACUACGAGGUUUAAUGGUCCUGUUGUUAUCAUACGCUCAGCUGGUGUUAGCAUGGUUAGCCGAGAGGUUAUGAAACUGAGAAAAACAGCUGUUACGAAACUGUAAGUUUGUCAUUGAGGCUGCAGGUGUCACACACAGAUACAAUCUUUGGUGUCACCUGAAACCUUAAGGUUACGCCUCACGUGAAGAAUCACGUGAGGUGAUAAAUAACCUGUAUGUUUUUGACUCAAUCCGAGCGACCUUUAUGUAAUGAGAGGGUCCAGUGGUGUCCAGAUGAGGCUGGUAAUAUCCUGCUGGACUUUGACAGACCUUCAGUCAGCUCUUAUCAGGCUCUUUCAGUAUUAAUGGUUCAAUCCGACUUUGAGUUCAACAGAUGCUCACCUACCGUAUUCAAGAUCUGCAUUUAAAGCAUUUGACACAGCAUGUAUAAUAUGAUGUGUAUUUAAAAGUGAAUAUCAAUCAAUCAAUCAAUCAAUCAAUCAAUCAAUUAAAUGUUAUUUAUAAAGCGCCAAUUCACAACAGUCGUCAUCCCAAGAGGCUUUCCAAAGAAAAAGAGCAGGUCUAGCCCACGCUCAUUGUUCAAUAAAUUAUCAAGACCUAACCUAAGAUGGGAUUUGGCCCAUCUCAUUUAACAUGAGUGACAGUGGCAAAGAAAAACUUCCUUUUAACAGGCAGAAACCUCAAGCAGGAUACAGGGAUACAGAGAGAUGGGGGAGAGAGGACUAGGAGAGAGGGGACUAGGAGAGAGGGCAGGGGGAGAGAAAGAGAACAAGACAGAGGGAAGGAGAGAGAGAAUGAGCAAGGGAGAGGGAGGGAGGGAGGGAGAGGCAGGGGACAGCAGCAACAACAGCUUAUGCAAAGUUGUGGUUGCAGAGCAAGUAAUGAUGAAACAAAAUGAAUUCAGUUUACAGGAUCAGGAUAGAAGUAAUUAUGGACUAUGUUAAUGUUAAUUAUGUUGAUAUCAAUAACUACUAACUCAAAAUCAUAAUCAUAAAUGUUGAAUCCAGUGGGUUGUUCUGUUCUGAUGUCAUUGGAAUAAAUAAAUAUUUUACUACAAUUUUGUCAUAGAAGAUUUUAUUUGGUGAUCAAUUUUCAUCAGCUAAUUUCAAUGUGUAACAGGUUGAGAGACACCAUUUUCAUUGUCAAAUUAUAAGGGCAUCACCCCACUUUUGUCUCUCUUUGUCACUCAUUUUUUAUGGAUUUAGGAUACUUUGAGUGUUGUAUUAGACUGAUUCACGAGUGCAUCAUACACUAAUGAGACAUUUUCUUCCACAGACUGGCCUCAUUCAGAGGUUUCAGAGCACCUUGGUGGUUGCAGAGCACAACAAUGAAAAGCUGACCCCUAUCACCCUCAACGCCAUCACUGCUGCCAGUAAGCUGGGUGGAGAGGUGUCUUGUCUGGUUGCUGGAACAGACUGUGCUAAGGUAGGAAAGACACUUAAGACAGUUUGAGGGGUAUGAAAUAGUUGAAGGUGGAUAUUUGUGAGUAGUAAUGUAUGAUUUAAAAUGCAGGAAACUCAAGAAUACAGAACAGUGUAUGAAGUGUUUUUUUUUUUUGUUAUCAUUUCAGGUUGCAGAAGAAAUCAGCAAGGUACAAGGUGUGAAAAAAGUUCUGGUCGCCCAGCAUGAGUCCUACAAAGGUUCCCUGCCAGGUAUGUAAAAGGAAAGGUCUACAGUGCCCAUAGUUAUCCUGUAGAUAAAGGAGCUCUAUAAAUUUAGCACAGAAUUUUUUCUUCAAAGCAAAAACCUACUUUAUUCUGUAUGUAUAUUCAGUAAACGAAACUGUCACAGUAAUUGACCUGAUUUGCCAAAGAGCACCUAAACAGUAGCUGUGUAAGUGGAGAUAUCUGUGCUCAUAAAUCAGUUGCAGUCGCAGGCAGGAUCAGAAAUACCUGAAUUUGUUUCUGUUCUGAUUUCUUCCCCAACAGAGGAUUUGACCCCACUUAUUCUUGCAACACAAAAACAAUUCAACUACACUCACAUCUGUGCUGGGGCGUCUGCCUUUGGAAAGGUAAGGUUUAGACAAAAAGUACCUCUGUGAGCACCAUUUAUAAAAUUUAACAGAUAUUUGUUUUAAAUAGUCCUUUGAACAGGUUUUCAUAAUCUACUACCACACACUUUUGAUGUCUCAGUUAUUAAAAGUCUGAAACUUUUGCAUGAUAUUUUGAUGUUGAUCAUGUUACAGUCAGUGUGCAUGUGGUACCUCUUUCUUCCUACAAUACUUUUGUAUGACCAGAGCAUAAUUAACUCCUUACUCACCAUUUUCCUGCAGAACUUGCUUCCCAGAGUAGCUGCUAAGUUGGAUGUCGCCCCAGUUUCAGAUAUCAUUGAGAUCAAGUCUCCAGAUACUUUUGUCAGAACCAUUUAUGCUGGUAAGUCCCUGCACACUAAAGGGAAGUAGCAAAAUUUCACGUUCAGUCUUUAUAUUUAUUUGUUGGUAGUUUGUAUUUAAAUGUUCACCACAUCCCAUAAAUGUAAGUCAGUGACUAAUAUCAUUUUCAAAAUUUUAAUCUAGAUCCACUUUUUUUAAUGCUUGAAUAGUGCUUAUCAUAUUUAAUGACAAAUCAAAUUAUGGUUUUACAGGAAAUGCUCUCAGCACAGUUAAAUGUAACGAGCCAGUCAAGGUCAUCACCGUCAGAGGGACAUCCUUUGAGGCCGCUGCAGUAGAAGGAGGAAGUGCUUCAUCGGAAGAUGGUGCGAUGACUUCCAGAGAGAUCUGACAUGUUUAUGUUCACUUUUACAUAUGACUUGACUCUUGGACUGUAAAUUAUUGUUGAGUAAUAAUCUGUGACUGCCUUAAUUCAAUAUUACAAAUAAAUUCAUGUAUGAUGCUCCUCUGUUUAAUGUCUGAUCCUCCGUUCUGUUGAACACAGUUGCUGCAACUGCUUCCGCUGGAGUUUCCGAGUGGCUUGAACAGAGUCUGACUAAGAGCGACCGUCCGGAGCUGACCAGCGCCAAAGUUGUGGUGUCAGGAGGUCAGAAUUUUUUCUUGUGCCAUUGGAAGGAUUAAAACAAUCUAAUUCUGCUGUGUCAUCCUGUAUGAUUACUAAGGAGUUGUUUUUUUUUCAGUAUGUCAGCUGCUAUUUUAAAAACUAAAUGUUGUUCUUCUUUCUCAGGAAGGGGUUUGAAGAGUGGAGAUAACUUCAAGCUGCUUUACGAUCUGGCUGACAAGCUGAAUGCUGCAGGUUGGGCUGGAUUAUCUAUUUUAGUUAGAUAUUACCCGAACACUUUGUUUCAUCAAACAGAGUUUAAAUUUGUGGGGUUUUUUUUAGUUGGUGCCUCCAGAGCUGCUGUAGACGCUGGCUAUGUCCCGAAUGACAUGCAAGUUGGACAGACAGGCAAAAUUGUAGCACCGGUAAGUUUGACACGAUGAUGAGGUUUCAUUUCAGUUUCUGUUUCUGUUCAAGAAAAUAAUAGAUGUGAGACAAUGAAUAUGAAAUAUUUGGUUCUUUUCUGUAUGUAAUCCCUUCACCUCUUCCUCCUGACAAUCACUGUCUCUUGGCCGUCCUCUUAAUCAAAGACAAAAUUAAUCAAAUUAGAUAAAUAUCUAAAUGAACAAGUUACUCAAAAUGUCAAAUGGUACAUUCAAAAAAGUUGGAAGGCAGGGAACCUCACUUAACCUCACUUUUAAUAUCAGAGUAGACAAAUCUGUUGCGUUUGACAAAUGCUUGCUUCCCUUUACACAGCGUGCCUGCAACCCAGUAUGAUUAGAGUAGAUCUUCUGCCAUUUUAAAAAGGUUAACUUCCCAUUAUGUGAGUCAGCUGAGUUACACCAGCUGUGAUUAUCCACACAUUAGGCUCCUGCAAAGUGUACUUUGUGGUGCAUUUAGGGCACUAAAUGGUUUGGCAGACCCAUUAAAGCAGAGAGCAGUGGAUGUCUGGUAAGAGCCUUGGGCAGAGCCAGACUGUCCAAAUUGGAUUUUCCGAACAUUCUGACAAGUUUAGUGUACUUUAAAUGUAGUCAGUGUUUUUAACUUCAUAAAAUCUAAAAAUGUCUUAGGAGUGUGCAGCACAAGAUAAGCUUUUCAUUUAAUUUGUUUUAGGACUAAAACUGUCUAAUUGUAUUUUCAGUUGAUCUAUAAACCAUCAAAAUGUGCAAAGACGGUUCAUUAUAAUUUCCCAAAGUAAAAAGAGUGUUCAGAGUGAAGGCUACAAAAUAUUUAUUGGGGUGAAAGAUAAAAAAUAAAAUAAAACAGCCCCACAAGAUGAAACUGAGCUGGAUUUGCUCAAGGCUCCCAGCUACCUUCAAACAAAGUUUCACAAAUUGGUCAUUUCGAAUAGAAAUCUGCAGAUUCUCUUGUCAUUGUCUCUUCAGCAGAGAAGUUACCUCAUACAUUUUCCUCUGAGUUGAAAAGCUAUUGUGUUUACAAAUUGAUGCUCUGCUCCUCUGAGGCUUCAGCUGCAGCAUUAAAUUAUCACUGAAAUAUUCAUAUGGCAGUGCAUUAAACUAGGGCGGAGAGUUGGUUUUCCCUGUGGGGUUUUGGGGCAGCUGACCCUUUUGCAUCCGUGCUCCAGCAACCCUCUGACAGAGUGUGCACCCUUGAAUUAUUAUCAGUCAGCUCUGCUGUAUAGUAGAUCGUAGGUGUACCUGAUAUUCGACUUCCUGUCUCCAAGCACAUAACACUCGUCUUGUUGUCAUCUUUUCAUGUCCACAGGAGUUGUAUAUUGCUGUUGGGAUCUCUGGAGCUAUUCAACAUCUGGCUGGAAUGAAAGACAGCAAGGUAUUGUCAGCUCCUGCGCACACACAUAGAAGUCAGGAUGUUUGGCCAUUUCUGUUUUGUUUGCUCUAUUAAAAAUAUUGUCUGCACCACAGCUAAUAACCUAAUGAUCUUUUUAGGAAUAAGUGUACUAGUGUUAAUCAUGUCCUUUUUUUACCCAGACUAUUGUCGCUAUCAACAAGGACCCAGAAGCUCCUAUUUUCCAAGUUGCAGACUAUGGCUUGGUGGCAGAUCUUUUCAAGGUAAACCUUUGGGGUUGACACUGUUACAGAAAUGUCACUGCUGUAUUGCAUCAGAAAGCAUCCAAACAGCAAAGUUACAUCACCCAGCAUGCCACUUUAUGUAACUUCAACUGUAUGUUUUCAUAGCUGAGCGUCCAAAGUGACAGAAUAUGACAUUUGGAUUCUCACUGAUAAAUUUUGCACGAUGCCUUAUUUAUUCCACCUAAUGGAAAUGUGCGACUGCUAAAUUAUUAAGUUCUUGAAUUAAUCAAGGGAGAGCGAUGGCUGAACUUGCUGCAAACAAAGAAACACAUUAGCAUUGUCAAAGAUAUAAAGAUUGAUCAAUAGCACUUAUAAGGUUGCUUCACUAUUCCGUUCAGUCUCUUCUUGCCAGGCCUUUUACACGCCUUGUUGCUUUCUUGUAUCUUACCGGUAGCUUAGGAUAGUGAGCCAGGGUUGUUGGCAUAAUCAACAGUGGAGUCCAGUGCUGCCUGUGAAAACCUAGUAGGUUAUAAUCAGGUGAUGUUUUAUUUAGCCUAGCAGUGGGGCAAGAGCAGCACAGGUGUCCGCACAAACUCUGUCAGGGUAGUUUGUAAUAAAUAGCGAGCGACAGCAGAGUUGUGACCCGCUGGGUGAGAUCAGCUUACACAUGUUCACUCCUCAGAUGGCUGAUUAAAAUGGAUGAACUUUCUACUUUUUCCUCAAAUGGAUAGCUGAUACCUGGCCCAACCUGGGCAGCUCUUAAAGGGAUAUUCCGGCGUAAAAUUAAGUUAGAGUCAAACGCACCGUAACACUAAGUUAGACACCCCAUUGAGAGAUGAAUGUUGCCGACUGCUUGCUUCUCUAGUUAUACAAACUUUAGUAUUGACCGCACGAUAGCAAUACACAGCGGUCUGAGGAGCCAUAAACAAACCUCAACCAAAAUGCCACUCUAUAGCCACAAAUAAUGCUCAGAACAGCACCUAACUUUAUCAACAGUACAUAUAGGGUCCCAGCCACAGCACUAGCCACCAAACAUCUUUUUAACUUUACCUAAUUUCUUUAGCAAAGAGACUAAACACAACUCACCUACUCUCUUCCAGCAGCCGCUUGGUUUGUAGCGAGACUUCAGGCCAGUCCAUUACAGACUACAGUGGGGUGACGCAGCUCAAGGAAGAACAUUUACGAUCAUUACUUUAUCAUUUCCUUGAAGUAAUAAUCACCAUAUUAAUCAUUUUGCAUUGCAGACGCGGCACAAAUAGAAUAAAUUUGUCCUCGUAUUUCCACCAAAAAUACUUUUAUAUUUUUCCUCAUUGCAACUUCAUAGACGACAUUUUGAACAUAAUUAUCAGCCAGAUGCCAAUCAAUAUAGAAUCUUUCUUUGUAUUUUUCACCAUGCUAAUAACUGUGAUAAAUGUCUGUUUGCUGCUGCUCUCGCAUUCUUAAUGGUUUGUAGUGAAAUAAUGAAACAAUGACCAAUUAAAACAAUUAUCAAUCUCGGGACAGGUGCCUCAGAAGUUAAGGAUUCAUGACAGAAAGGUGUAUUUCUUCAUCUCGAUUCUGAAAAGAAAUCUACUGUGAAUUUACAUUUUUAAAACCAAGCACUUAUUAGUACAGGGGAGUUUUCAGAGCUGCCACACAUCUGCAGCAAAAACAAACAAACAAAAUAAAAAAACACAAGAAAAAGCUCUUUUUAGUUCAUGACUGCCAUUGUGCCAUCUUUCAAUACAUUUAAUAAUACAUUUAUGUUUCUGCAAUGUUUUCUUUUUCAGGCUGUUCCUGAGAUGACCGAGGCUCUGGACAAGUGAAGAAAACAAAGUACCACAAAACAUCACAACUCGGGCCUGCAGUAAAAAGAAAGCUUAGGAUACCAGAGCCGAUGCCUUAACACAUUUCUGAAGCUGUGGAGUUUUCACAUAACUUUGUCUGCAUGCAGAAAUAACUUUUUAAACAUCCCUGUCAAACUGAAAACAGGAGGCUAUUCUUAAACUACAGAUAAAUACCAAGGGGGUGUGAUUUGCCUGUAUUGGUACUGAUUGUCAUUAGUUUGUAAUUUUCAGGUACAGUAAAGGACAUCUGUAGAAAUGCUUGUCUCUUCACUGCUGACUCUUUGACACUUGAUGUAGAUCUUUGUGAUUAUCGAGUUGAUUUUUACUUGUUGAGGUGAAAACGUGUAUUAAAUUGACUGCCCCAUUACUAGUUCUUUUUUUCCAAGUUGUCUUUUAUUAGAUCCAUUUUUUAAUGCCCUUGUUCAAUAAUUAAGAUAGAAAAACGUCUGAUGACAGAACAAUUCUUUGAUUAUUUAGGAGGCAAAUCUUGAAGGUUCAUGCUUGAAUUUUCUUUAACAUUUUCUUAUCCCUCACUUAUUUUGGCUGUUCAACAACGAUCAAACCAAUCUUAAAGUAUUUACACAGCGUCCAAACAUUGAAAUCAUUAAAAAAAAAAAAAAAACAUAUUAACCUGAAUGAUGGUAAAACUCUCAGGUACAGGUUUGGAUUUCAAUCAAAUCGCUGAGAAAAGGACCUGUGUUUGCAAAAUCUCAGUAAGCACUUGUUUUAGUCUCUGUACCAAGAUAAAAACUCCAAACAGCUCAAAUGAUCCACCAGUGAAAAGUUUGAUCCACUCCUUCCAUUUAUAGAAUUUUGAUAGAAAUGUUAACAUUGCUAAUAUAGAAAGACAAAGAAAAAGAAGGUGUGAUCCAUGAACCCUGCUGAAGAGGACUCUUCUCUGUGAGUUAAGCGCCACUACCCUGACUUUUCAAACAGCUGAAUCACCUGCUGUUGUGAUCGAUCCACGCCUUGAAGCUUGGAGGAAUUUAUUCAAGUUUUUUUCUGGCCCCUUCAAUAAAAGACCUGAUCAGUAUUUCAACUCCUUCAAGUCAGAGAAAGUCCUCAACUUUGCCGGAUAUUUUUCCGCAAAAACCAGAAGUCUGAAAAUGUCAGGCUGGAGCCCUUUUGCUGGUUUCUCUUGGUAAAAUUUUUCAUAAAACUCAAAAAAGUGUUUUUGUGAAAGUUGAUUCCUGAAGUGGUGCCACAUAAUAAGUCUGCUUCUUCCAGUCUUCAGUCUCAUGUUUUUUUUGUGCUGCUGUGGUAGUUUCAUCCUCUCCGUUUCAUAAAUAUAAAGAGGAUCUGUCAUUUAUGUGCCUGUGACUCCAAACCUGAUCUGAGUUUAGCAGAGCAUUAAUUUGUGUUGGUGAUCUGAGGAGUCCCCCGAGGCUCCCAGUUCCAGGCAGUCUUAUGUUUCUGACAGGCGGUUGACUGGGACGUCCACUGGCUCCAUCAUCCUGUACUUCUCCUCUAGGAGAGGCUCAUUGCUCUGCAGAUGAAUCAGAGGCUUGGAGUGCAGCCCAACUCUGCUGUCCUGGUUUCUCUUGUUAUAGAUGUUGAGCCUGUGCUCCAGCUCAGGGCUGGUUUUGGUUGAACCAGCAGGGCUGGGAGGUUUCAGGUUAACAGGAUCGAGGCCUUUCUGUGUCAAACAGGAGUCCUCAGACAGAGAGGAGAGCAGCUCCUGCACCACAGCGCUAGGACUCCCUCGGGGCUGAGUACCCAGUGCAAGAGGGCUGCUGUAGGGCGGGGGAUAGCAGCGCUGGUCGCUGUAAUCUGUAGAGGUGGAGGCUUCCCGCACUGUGGAGCUGCAGUCUGUGGUGGAGCCCAGCGUGUGGCUGCUAAUGCUGUGCUGCCGAGCGCUGAAGCUGGUGCGGGACACUGUGGUGGUGGAGGCUUCGCUAACCGAGCUUCCUGUUCGCUGCAAUCGGCUGGAGAGCACUGCAUCAGCACUCACUAAAGAAGAGGGAAGCUGGCUGGGGUUGUUGGGCAGAUGCACGUCUAUGGCUGCUGUGGUGAUGACUCGUGCAGGGUCUGGGAUUCCCAUAUCU